AUGUCGGCUAAGGGUAAAGCUAGAGACAAGAGCAUGUCAAAACUUGGCAAUCGUAUGAUAACCACGAUGCUAAAGAACGAAAAAUUAGCUGAAAAAGAACUUGAGAAAAAGAUGAAAGCCCUCAAAGACUUAGAACGCAAGUCUAUGGUAAAAAUAUGUGAAACGUCUUUAGACGUUAAGUACGAUUUCCGACGAAAACGGAACACUCAAGAAAUCGAAGAGCAGCUUUCGGAAGACCCUUUGAACCUAAGUUUGGGCCAAGGGAGGCUAUUACUUUCACCUUGUGGCUCGAGAAGGGGUAGCUUAAUACCUCCGGAGACCAGACAGGAAGAAUCAAAGGAAACUGAAUCGUCUGGUGAUAGCGGUGAGUCACAUAACAAUGACGGCACCAAUCCAGCAAUUUUGAUCAGCAGUGAAAGUCAGCAAGCUGAUACCGGUCUGCACUCAGAGAGAAGCGGUUCGCCAGUUGUGGAUGAGCCUGAGACGUCUUCCCUAUGCGCCUCUCCUGUUGGUUCCCCACCUUCAGAAGAUCCUGCUAUCAGUGAAGCAGAGUCUCAAAAAUUGCUGAAAGUGUUCGCGCAAAGUGAGCGCGGCGGGCAACGUCGUCGGACAGCACCCGAGAUAACAGACCUGUCACCGAAGCUUUUGAUUCAGUUGGCAAAAAGUUCGGCGGAAAUUAAGAGACGAGGGUCGACGCAUGAUGCGUCGGCGGCGGCUGACGGAGAAGAAGAGAGAAAUGAGACAUUAUCAGCAUCGUUGAACUCAAGAAGACGCGGAUCGGCGGCGAUUGAAUUGUUACAGCUAAAAGGAGAACAGGGAAAAACAGACGGGUACCCAACCUCUCCUUCCCUUCGGCGAAGGGGGUCUUCUGCUGUUUCUACCUCUCCCUCCAACUCUCCUAUCCUGCAGCGCAGGAGAGGAUCCUCUGCCAACGCUAAAAUUUCAUUGUCGCUCGAAACGAACGAAGCUCUCUUGAGGGACAAGAUUUCUGGACAAGCUCCCAUGUCACCUCGACUCAAGCAACCUCUCUCGCCAUUGCUCGGAAGAAGGGGCUCUGGCAUGGCGGCGACCCUUCGUCCGCUGUCCGCACAGUCGCAAAACAAGGAUUCAGCUUCAGAGCCUAUGUUGCCUGACUUGAAGAGACCGCAGUCACCUUCGUUACGGAGGUCUUUGAGUCCUUUGAGAGCGAAUCGACCAGUGUCACCUGCAAGGUCUUUAUCUUCGCUCUCGGUAGAAAGUACGUCUGGAGAAUCACAGUUAGAGGCCAUUGGAGUUCCAGGGGAAUACGACUUGAUGCGACGAAGGGGAUCAAGGCCCGGCUUGCCAACUAAUCUAGCGGUCCGCCGAGGAUCUGAACUCUCUCAAGUUGAAUUGAACACCUUAGCACCGAAUUCUCCUUUACGAAAGGCCAUGCAAGACCCUCACGCGACCUUAAAUCCUGUUCCAGCAUCACCUAAUGCUUAUAGACGACAUUCAGGGACAGUGGAAGCUCUGCAAGAUCGCGUUAAUGACUUCUUGAAAACUUUGGCAGCAAAGUAG